CCAUUAUACAUAAUGACCCCCUUGUAACCUGUGAUUGUUAGGAAAAUGGGUAGUUUUAAAGAGAAGGUUUUAGUGUUAGUUAUUUUUUUUGAACGCAAUUCGUGUGCACCGCUGUAUAAUUACGUCGCUGGUAUAUGUUUGUACAAAACAAUAGUUUGAUAAUAUUAUUUUAGAUAUUGCAUGUAAUCAAUUUAAUGUCAAUACAUAACAAUACAAUAUAUUAAUAUAAAUACCUACGUAUCAGCUUUUAUAUAUUGAACAUUAGCCGAAUUGACCAUUUGGCAUGUAAUAUGUGUUUAUUAAAUACAAUGGUACCUCAGAAGUGUAGGUUAAAAAACAUCGUUUAAGAUAUUACCCAUAGUAAUAUUGGUUUAAAAAGUACAUUAUUGGUAACCACUAAGGCACUAAUAGGUAUCACUAAUGGCCACAGACAAUUGCGAUGGACGGAAAACUUUAAACUGGCAUAUCAUAAUAAUAUAAUAUUAUUAUUAUAUUAUUGUUUAUCGAGUAACUACCUACCUAUAUAAUAUACUAUAUUGAGCAUUAGGUAAAUUCUAAACUUGUAUAGUGACCAGUGACCACAUUAUGUACAAGUGUUUAAUGUACAACGCGACUUCAAUACAUUAUUAACUAUUUUUAUAAUUGUAUUAUUAAAUUGGUGUUAAUUUUUUUUCAUAUGUAAAUUGUAAAUUGUAAAUAUAUUAUACUUUUGAUUUGUAAAUAUUAUAAUAUUACGUACGUAUACGUACCUAUAUAUAAGUAGGUACCUAGAUAUUAUAUAUUAUAAUUUGAUGCGUAGGCAUACUUUAAUUUUCGAGACAUCUUGUUAUUCCUUGCUUAUAUAUCCUGGCACUUGGCAGUAUUAUUUGUUAAUUUUCGAUUGUUUGUCACUGAAACUUACCUAAUAAUACCUAGUACAUACUAACAUUUAGAUUUAAGACAUCCAGUUUAUAAAUCGGAAAUAUUGUGCUGCUUUUUGGCUGUUUAUUACACCCAGUCAUUUCAGUUUACACGAUGGCUACAAACGAAAAGUAUCUAAAUAUAAGUAUUCAACCGUCGAAACUUCCACGGACUUCUAAAGCCACAUUUGAGUUGCCCAGAGAAAACUUGAGUAAUGCUGAACUCAGUGGAAAAUCGACUUCCGAUAGAACCAAACGCCGUGUGGCCCACGAUGCGUGGUUUCCUCUGCCGGUAAUUCCUAGGCUUGCAGUAGCUCCGGUACAGGUGGUUAAUCAGCCGAAUCCGAUAAAAGAGCAUGCCUUAAAGAAGGAAGACAGUUUCUCGCAUAGAAAGUCCUGCAAUGUAAGACAAAUUAACGAGACGGUUGAUUUGGAUUCAAGAGCCCAACGAAGCAAAUCGACAAGUUCUGGUGUUGAUGACAGGGUUAAGGCUAACAUAAGAGAGUUAGAAUUUGACGAAAAAGGGACGAAAAAGAAGCAAAAAAAAGGCAAUGUUGACAAGUCAAAAUAUAAAGACGUAAAACAAAGGGAAAAAGCACGCCCAAGUAAAGGUUUGGCCUAAUGUGGACACAAAAAGAAAUUUGUUGGCCCAAAGGUAUCAACAAACUAUACAAUCAGGCAUUAGCCAUAUGACAAUAUUGUCCCAUCAGAUUUAAGUUUCAGUUGAAAAUCACUGUAUGUUUAUGCAAAUAAAGUAUAAAUUGUUAACUAAAAUAAAAAUUUAUAUUCUGCAUA